UGAAACCGAAAGAAAGAAUUGACCUUCGGUCGUUCAACCUAAAUUUAUUUCUUGUUCAAGUGGAUUUUCGGCGCGAGUUUAAAAAAGAAACUUCAAACGCACAAUUGCCAAACUUAUGUAAAGCACGUUCAAAGUCAAUUAAGCUAAAGAUGUUAAUACAAGAUAACGAAACUGCAAUACGAGAACCAGAAAGACAGGCAAUGCAUCAAAGCUUCUUUCCGACUGAUAAAAUGUCGCAUUCGAAACAUAAACGACGGAGAUUAAACAGUUAUCCGUCCAGCAAAACAGAAGUAAAUAACAACAAAAAUAGAAAACUUAGCGUUGACCUGUCUGAAAUACAUUUUUCAGUACUACGAAUCAAACUUAAGAUGAAGCAUACAAAGGCUCAAACGAUCGAUAGUACAAGAAGUGAAUCAGAUAAAGCACGUGGUUUUGAUACAUUUGAACGGAAUAGUUUAAAAACUGUCACAGAAAUAAAGAAAGGUCUUAACGACAUCGAAAUGGAUCUUGAUAUACAAUCAAAAACUAAGGAACAACUUCAAAUUAACUUACAAAAGCAAAUGUCAAUUACGAAAUUAAAACCGGAAACCGGAAACCUAAAAUCAAAAGAUACAUUUGACUGGCUUCAAUACUUGUUCAUGUUACGUUUUGUUCCAAAUCAAUGUUUCCAGGCUUUACCAGUUAGUUUGAAUACUUAUUUUGAUAGUUUAUCUUCGGGUAGUACCAUGUCUAUGGACGAAUCUAUGUCAAACCACCUUCUACGUUUGUCUUCGUACAGUAAUUUUCCUCGUCAUGUGAACGUUUUUGUUAGUGCAUUGUCAAAGGCUGGUUUCUAUUAUACCGGAAGUACUGAUACAGUGCGAUGUUAUGCAUGUGGCAUUACUCAUCAGAACUGGACACGGGGUGAUAAUCCAGAAGAAAUUCAUUGUAGAAUUUCUCCAUCGUGUACUCAUCUUCACAGUUCUAGAUUGUUUGAUGGUGCAGGUCUAGCUGAACACCAGCACAUGGAUUCUAGUAAUAACAGAUCAUCAGUACAUUCUGAAUCUUCUUUGACACCAAAUAAACAAGGCUUGCAAUAUGGUGCUGCCUCCAACGACCAAAACAAACUUUCUAGUUCAACAACUUCAGAGCCAUCCAGUCUUUUAAAUGGUGAAACUAGUAAUAAUAUCCGUAAUCAAUUAACAAGCAAUGAUUUUCAACCAACGGCUAAUUCUUCUAGAGAAAGCACUAAUUUGGAACAUGAUAUUAAUACCAAUGGCGCAUGCUCAGAAUCGAUGAAAGCUAAUCAAAAUGGAGCGUGUGGAUGUUCUGAAUCUUCAAGUUCGAGACAAUUAACUAAUAACGACAUUUCCUCAUUGGGGAUAGAUCUUGAGAAGCCUCGUUAUCAGAAUUACGCUGCUUUACAAGUUAGAAUCAGCUCUUUUCAGGGAUGGCCAUCGUACUUAGAUCAGACACCAAGACAGAUGGCGAUAGCUGGUUUCCUGUUUGCUGGUUACCAUGACUACACACGGUGUUUCUUUUGUGGUGGUGGACUCCGAAAUUGGGAAGCUGGUGAUGAUCCAUGGGUGGAACAUGCUAGAUGGUUUCCGAAGUGCACAUAUCUACGUCAGAACAAGGGAGAUGCAUUUAUCAAAGCCGUUCAAGAUAAACAUGAGCAAAUGGACAAACAUGACCAAAUAACAUCAAUACAAUCGAAAGAUACAACUCAAAACGGUUCCAAUUUACUUUCACACAGCAAUCCACAACAAAGUAACAGUACCAGCUAUAUUGAUACAGCAGCAACCAGGAGUGUCUUAGAGAUGGGAUACACACGAGAACAGGUGCUUCGAGUUAUCCAGCAAUUGUUACGGGAUAAACCAGGAGGAACAUUCACAGCUCUUGAUAUCAUGACUGUUUUAUUGGAGAAGGAUGAAAAUCAAACAAAUGGUUCUACCGGAUCAACAUCCGGGACAUCUACAAAUGCAGUGCCAUCAAAUACAAAUACACAUGAAAAUGGAGCACACGAACUUCUUGUCAAUAGUUUAAAUGAAUCAAAUCUAGAUGACGCAGAAUUAUUAGUUGAAGAGAACCGACAGCUACGAGAUCAACGCCUAUGUAAGAUUUGUCUAGAGUUGGAGGCCUCCAUAGCUUUUCUCCCCUGUGGACAUCUAGUAUGUUGUUCCGACUGUGCACCAGCCAUGAGGAAGUGUCCAAUAUGUAGAACGUACGUCAAAGGCACUGUAAAGACGUUCCUAAUAUAAACCGGCCGGAAGUUGGGUGACUACUGUCUUUCAACCCCAAUCCCAUGGGUAGGCUUUUCGACCACUAUCAGAAAUAGCAACACUAGAGAAAAAUCCGGUCAGGUUUAAAAGAAAAGAGAAUAAUGUGAUUUUACUACAGAAAAUAGGUCAAAGCAAUAUGGAAUGGAGAAAAAACACAAGAAAAUAAGGAAUAAUGGAAACCCAAUUUGUAAAGAAUGAGAAAUAAUUGGCGAAAUAUAUAAAGAAUACAGAGAAAACGGCAUAAAAAUUAAAGAAUACAGCAUUAAAUUACCCCAAUCAAUAACCAUACAUGUAGAAGCAACGUAGACCAUGCAAUCAACACGAUCAUAAUAGUUUAGUGACCCAAGAUACGAAAUCAUAUAUUUAGUUCAUUAGUUAACUAUUGAUCAAUACCAUUCUGCAGUAUUCAUCGUCAUAAACAUAAAUGAACUAUCUACCACUGUACUUAAAGCAAAUACAUGUAACACUCACCAAUCAGUAGUUUUGAUAGUAUAAUAUUCUGCUUGUUUUGCUUAACUAAGAAGUCAUAGUCAAGUACACAUUACAUGUAAAGAUGCCGAAAACCUAUGUCUAUAGAAAAACCUCAGUAAAAAUGUAAAGAUAAUGUAGACAUGCAAACAAAAGUUUGGGACGCCAUGCAUAUCGAACGAUUGGCAACAUUAAAGAUAGUUAACAGACAAAAACGCAAACCAUCCUCUUUUUUCACGAUGAUCAUGUUCUUAAACGUGAUUUCUUUUUUCUUAUUAAUUGAUAUUUUGUUGGUGCUAUGUUGAUUCUGAAUAUUAUUAUUAUGGUUAAAAUGUUAACUUAUGUAGUUGUUUUAUCUUUUAGUGCGGGUUAGAACGAUUUAACUUCAUUAUUUGGUUUGUUAUUUAAAUUAAAAUAAAAAUUGCAAUUGCUACCUCAAUACUGUUGAUUAUGGUUAUCCUCAAAACUGUGAAUUAUUGUUAUCUUUAUCACUGUUGAUGAGUGUAAUCGUCAAUACUGUUAUUUGUGUUAUCGUCAAUACUGAUAUUUGUGUUAUCGUCAAUACUGAUAAUAAGUGUUAUCAUUAUCACUGUUGAUGAGUGUUAUCGUCAAUACUGUUAAUUAUAGUUAUCGGAAAUACUGUGAAUUAUGGUUAUCAUGAUCACUGUCAAUGAGUGUAGUCGCCAAUACUGUGAAUUAUUGUAUCUUUAUGAGUGUUAUCGUCAGAACUGUUAAUAAGUGUUAUCGUUAUCACUGUUGGUGAGUGUAAACGUCAAUACUGUGAAUUAUUAUUAUCGUGAUCACUAUCAAUAAAUGUUAUCGUCAGAACUGUAAAUAAUGGUUAUCGUCAAUACUGUGAAUUAUUGUUAUCGUGAUCACUGUUAAUGAAUGUUAUCGUCAGAACUGUUAAUUAUGGUUAUCAUGAUCACUGUUAAUGAGUGUUAUCGUCAAUACUGUUCCAUGGUGUUACCGUCAAAACGGUUAGUUAUUGUUAUCGUUAUAAGUGUUAAUUAGUGUUAUUAUCAAUGAUGUUAUUUAUGUUAUCGUAAGUACUGUUAAUUAGUGUUAUCGUAAAAAAUAUUUAAGUAUUAUUAUGGUGAAUAUUGUUAAUAAGUGUCAUCGUGAAUUCUUUUGAUUAUUAUUACAUGUAUCUUCAAUAUUGUUAA